AUGGGUCGCUAUGUUUUUGACAAGAAUGUUCCUCUGUCACAGGCCAGUGUGUUUGGGGAGGUGGUGGACCUGCUCAACGGCUCCUACUCUGUGCGUUUCCUCCUGCCGUGGGUCGGCGAGGCCCAGGUGGCUGUGCGUCUAAUUCACUCCAGUGAGGCUGUGCAGGUCCUGAAGCGUCACAGAGAUACUGACUCUGACAGGGUGUACUUUUAUGGAUUUUACGAGGGACCAGGACCAAAUAAGACCAGGCUGAGUGAAGCAGUGAUGUGUAAUGUUAAGUGGGACAAGAAUGGACUAGAGCAUAUGGGAACUGGAGACUGUUGCUGUGAAUACAAAGAUCCUCGUACCGAAGAAAUAUGGCGCUGCCAGAGACCCAAAUCCCUGCCAUGCAGUGCCCGUGUGUACCAUUCUAUGGGCGGUUAUAGAAACCGUCUGACUAAUAAAGAGAAGAAGCUUAUGACGCAAACUAACAAACGUAUCAAUGGAGAUAAGAGCAUCAUCAAAAUUGUUCAUUCCCAUGGAAAUGAAACUAUUGAUGUAACAGAGAAAUGUCAUCCUGGUUUACACACUCCAGUUCCAGCCGGCUUUUACCUCAAUGAUGUGUGGACGUCUUUUGUCUGUAGCACCCGACAUUUUACAACCCAAAUGACAACAGAGUGCCUGAAAGACAAACACAUUUACAUGAUGGGAGACUCUACCAUGAGACAGUGGUUUGAGUUCUUUGAGAAAGUAGUACCAACCCUGAAACAGAUGAACCUACAUGUCCAAUAUCAGUCAGGGCCGCUUCUAGCAGUGGAUGUGAAGAACAACAUUGACUUACACUGGAGGGCUCACGGCAUUCCUCUGCGCAGCCGAAAAUCAGCAGUUGCUGAUCUGCACUACAUCAGUAAUGAGAUCGAUGACCUGGCUGGAGGACCCCACACAGUCAUUAUGUUCAAUCUGGGGCCCCAUUUCACCACGUACCCUCUGGAUUUCUACACCCAUAGAGUGUUGAGGAUCCGCAAAGCUGUUCUAGCAUUGUUACAGCGGGCACCUGACACUACGGUUAUAAUCAAGACUGUCAACACUGGCUAUAAGGAUAUUUUCGGGAGUGAUUGGUAUUCUCUACAGUUGGACAGAAUUCUGCGUUGGGCUUUUCAGGAUGUUGGUGUUUAUAUUCUGGAUGUGUGGAAAAUGACGGCCUGUCACUACAGCAAAGAGAACAUUCAUCCAGGCCCUGUCAUCAUCAAAAACGAGAUUGACAUUUUACUUUCUUUUAUUUGCCCUGAAUGAAUUACAAUUAUCUUGCCAAGUGAACAUUCAGUUUAUUAUAGCAAUUAAA